GCAACUAAGCUAGGCACUUGCAAUCUGCGAGGAUCAUAUUCAUACAUAUCGUUUGCUCGCAGCCGGAAAUGGCGGCAAGGAGGGCGGAGGACGAGCCACCGCCCUUCACCCAUGAGGACAAUCGCCGCUUCCUCCAGAUGCUCCGCGACAAGAAGCAAAUGCUGGGAAUCGGCAGCCCCAAGGUGGAGGUGCAGUUCCAGGACCUCACCGUGGAGACUCACGUGCGCAUCGGCCGCCGGGAGCUGCCGACGCUGCCCAACUGCGUCGUCAACGCCGCCCAGGAGUUGGCAUCACAUUCGCACAUGUGCACACCAAGGAAAAGAGCGGUCAAAAUUAUAAAUGGAGCAAGUGGAACAAUUCGACCAUCAAGGAUGACACUUCUACUGGGAGCACCUGGUUCCGGGAAAACAACCUUUUUAAAAGCAUUGGCAGGAAAGCUGGAUUUGUCUUUGAAGCGCAAAGGAAAGGUCAUGUACAAUGGAGAUGAAGUGAAUUCCUCAACACCACAACACAUGCAUGCUUACAUUAGCCAGUAUGAUCUUCACCAUGCUGAGAUGACCGUCAGAGAGACGAUUGAUUUUGCAUCCAAUAUGUUGGGAACCGAUAACGAAUUCGAGAUAAUCGGAGAAGCAGCAAGAGGAAAAAAGGAUGUCGUAAAUGAAGUGGACAAAAAUCUUGACUCAUUUUUUAAGGCCACCACAUUUGGAGAAGGAAGAAACCUUACAACAAACUACAUUAUAAAGAUACUUGGUUUGUCAGAGUGCACAGAUACUCUAGUGGGGGAUGAAAUGAGGAGAGGCAUAUCUGGAGGCCAAAAGAAAAGAUUGACAAUCGGUUAA